AGAAAAUAUUCAUGAAUGGCUAGAAAUAUAUACCGGUGCUCGAUUACAUAGUAAAACAAUGGGACUGGUACAUACCAUGGGCAAUUUACAUCCGGGGCAUUUAUCAAUGUGUCAACGAUCAUUGAAAGACAAUGAUAUAACUGUUGUGGUUAUCUAUGUUAAUCAAACACAAUUUAAUGACCAGGGUGAUUACGAUAACUAUCCACGUACACUGGACAGGGAUAGGCAAUUGUUGGGGGAGUGUGGCAUCGAUUAUCUACUGGUGCCCAACAAACAGGAUAUGUAUCCCGAUGAUUAUACUGUACAGUUAAACGAAAUUGAACUAAGCAAGCACCUGGAGGGCGAAAAUCGACCCGGCCAUUUCAACGGUAUGCUAACAAUUGUAUUGAAAAUCCUGAAUCUGGUCCGACCUACCAGUGCGUACUAUGGCGAAAAAGAUUAUCAACAACUGCUAUUGAUACGCAAAAUGACCCAGGCCCUAAUGUUGACACCCUGGGUCAACAUAGUAGGCUGUCCUACAAUACGUGAGGACUCAGGCCUGGCUAUGAGUUCCCGUAAUAGUAGACUAUCAGUGGAUGGCCGCAAAAAAGCCAGUCAUUUGUAUGCUAUACUCCGUGAAUCACUGACACCGGUCGAUGCGGACAGACAUCUACGCGAACAGGGCUUUCAAGUUGAUUAUGUGAUCGACCGAUGGGACAGACGACUGGCCGCCGUCCGGCUGGAAGGCAUACGACUAAUAGAUAAUCUCCCGUUGAAUAUGUUAGGCAAACGUGAGACUAGUGUUUGAUUAUUAGGAUUAGUAUUGAACAUACCGUUCCCCAACCCCUACCCCUACCCA